AUGGCUUCCUUUGGUAAUAGAGGCGGGGCUUCAUCGCCCUCGCCUGCCAUUGAUUCUCGACAUGAUCCUUUCGUAGUAGCGGCAUCACCUCCAAGUGCGGGUCGUCACCGAUUAUCCACCUUUGACUCUCAAAUUUUUUCGCUAAGUCCCAAUGCUUCGCCAACGCAGGCGAAGCGUGCAUUAGAGGCUCAUCUAGCCGAGACGGAUCGAAGAAUGGAAGAAGCUGGGAAACUAGGCACAGCUUUGCUACAACAGCGCAAGGAGCUAAGUCAAAGAUUAAUGGAAGUUGAGAAGCAGCAGGCUGAAGGAGAACUUUCUGAUGAUCUGCGACAAAGACUGGCUGAGAUUGAAAAAGACUAUAAUGAUGUCGCCAGGGAAAGCGCACGUGCAUUUCUACCAAAGCAGAGGAUCCCUAGUAAUGAAGCUGCUGCUGGAUCGCCAUUUGCGCCAGAAAGCAAAGGAGGCAGACGUUCCGUGAGCCCUUCCAAGUUCGAAGACCAGGCAACUGCAUCUCCAACCAAAUUCAGUGUCCCCAACCGAAAAGUCCGAAACCAACCUGCCAAUCGAAUCCACGACAUCGAGUUUGCGGCGGAAAUCAGCACAUCUCUAAUUGCCCAGGUGCGCAAUUUACAAGGCCUGCUUGCCGAGAAGGAAGAAGAGUUGAAAGAGAUCAGAGUUGAGAAGUCUAAGCUUGAAUACGAAGCAGAAGGUUUCCAACAGCGAGUUAAGACACUGGAUGAGAGUGAGCAUCGUUACAAGGAUGAGAACUGGAGUCUCGAGACUCAGGUUCAUGAUCUCCUUGCUAAGGAGAGAGAGGCCGAGGAUCGGUACAAAAAAUUGCAACAGACUCUAACUGUUCUUCAAGCCGAGAAGAAUUCCACCCAAAAGGAAUUGGACGAGGUCAAACUGAAUCACUCAAAACUUAGCGAGGAGUAUGCUGCGGUAGUCAAGCAUCACGAUAUAGAACUUGGUUCUGCAAAACGUAAUAUAGUCAUUGCCGACACCGAACGAGCGGCCCUGCGCAAGAGGAUAGAUGAAUUGACCGGACAGAAUCAAGAGCUCGCCAAAGCAGUAUCCGCUUCGCAGAGAGCGAGAGUGGUCGAGCGCGAAUCAAUCCUUGGUAUGAACCAAGAAGAUUCCGAAUCUGCGCAGGACAAGACAACGCCGGAACACUCACCUCCUCCUUCGCCCGUGAAAGGAACACCGCGACACUCUCUGUUAGAGUCAGAAACGCUCAAGACAUCUUUAGGCCAUGCUCAUCGCACAAUCCAGGGACUGAGGAGCAAUGUGCAUAGGGAGAAGACUGAAAAACUUGAACUCAGGCGCAUGCUACAAGAAGCUCGCGAUGAACUAGAGAAAUUACGAAACGAGCCUCCGCCGCCACCUAAACGCACACGCAAAGCCGAGGUGAAAGAGCAAAGAAAGCCGUUGCGGGGACUACUGGGAGGCCUGCGUACUGUUCGAAGCGAAGUUUUUUCUGAAGACUCGAAUUGGGAGGACCAGCCCGAUUCUACAAGUCCAGCUCAUUCGACACUAGCUUCGCGAUCCAGUAAGUUUGAAUCCGUAGCGGAAGAGCCAUACGAGCAGUUUGAAACAGCCAACGAGACGAGCGACGCUGCGUUUGAAACCGCACAUGAGCCGGCGACUGAGACGGACGACUUCCAUACGGGUGCUGAGGAAUUUUCGAGCGACGAUGAUGCCGAGACUGAAACCGAAACCCCUUCGAGGCGCCGUACGCCUAGAAAUAGCAUAUCUGGCUUCCAGGGACGUCUACGGAAUUUUCCCUUUGGCUAUGAUGCUGGAGCGCCUGUCACCUUGCCGCCCUUACAGGCCAAAUUUCCUCUCCGACCUAGUGAGGAGCCCGCUUUCCUCAGCAGUCCCCCAAGUAUUGCGAGCAGCAGUGUAGCAGGCACUCCUCAUCAACCUUUCGACGGUAGUGACAAUGAAUCGGGCAGGACCGUAUCGCCUCCACCACCGGUUCCUUUUCUGCCGAGGGCUAUCAUGGUGGAUUGUAGUACAAUGACAGAUGAACUGCCAGAUACGCACACUCAUGCCGCCGAUUUGGUAGCUCUUCAAGCCGAACAUGAAAAGGCCCUCAAGGAAAUCAGCGAUGAAAAGGCAUUGUCGUACGCAACGGCUCUGGAUGAGCUGAAGAGCAAGCAUGAAGAGCAACUGAGCAAGAUGCAGCGUGAAGUCAGCCUCGCCCAUACCCAUGAGCUUGAAACUUUGAAAUCAAGCCAUACGGAUGAGAUCAAUAAGUCAAUUAUGGAGGCUUUAAGAUUAAGUCAUGCGGAUGAGCUGGCGAAGACUCUUGCUAAUGCCCAGAUUAUUGCUGAGACGAAUGCAGCCCACUCUCGAGAACUGGAAGCUCUCAAGUCCAGUCACGUUGACGAGAUAAGUAAAGCUAUGCUUAAGUCUAGCCACGCCGACGAGAUUGACAUAGCUCUUGCCGAUCUCCCCGCCAAGGAAGCAGCUGAAGGCCAAACUACCCAUGCUCAAGAAAUUGAUGCCUUGAAGGCUUCUUUCGCAAUCGAGGCAUCCCAGAAAGACCUGGAAAGCAGGGCGGCCCAUGACGCUAAAUUGGAAGCUCUCAAAUCUUCUCAUUUGGAGCAGAUGAUGGCAAGAGAGGCCGAGAUCAUGGCCACACAUGCUACUGAAUUAGACAACCUGAAAGCUAAGCAUGCUGAUGAGUUGAAGAAUAUGAAGCUCGAGAACGACAACCGUCAUGCAGCAGAAAUCGCUGCUUUGCUGAAGAAUGAACUAUUUGACGCGCAUUCAAAGCAACAACUUGAGAAAGCGAAACAGCAUUCCGAUGCGACCCAUUCGGAAGAGCUUGCAUCCUUGACGGCAGCCCAUUUAGCACAACUAGAGGAAGUAAAGAACGCAUUGGUUGCGGCUCACGGCAAAGAAUUGGAUCUCGUUGAGGCAGCACAUAUGAAGCACGUCGAAGACCUUAAGAACGCUGCCGAUGCCCAACGCGGUGCAGAAAUUGCCUCGCUUGUAGCAUCUCAUGAGAAACAAAUUGAUUCAAUUAGGACUGAGACUCUAAAGGAAGUUCAUGCACAGGAGAUCGAUAACCUAAACAGUCAACAUGCUGCUACUCCUAUCGACAAGCAAAUUGAAGCCCUCAAUGCUGCCCAUGCGGAGUCUCAGUCGCAAGCCUUGGAGUCUCUGAAGGCUUCGCACGAAAGGAAUAUCGAGACUCUGAUGAAAGAUGUUACUUCGGGUCACCUGAGGGAGUUGAAUACCAAAGCUCUUGAAGACCUUGCCGCUACUCAUUCGCAGCAAUUAGAGAACCUUCGCCAGGGCCACCUCGAUCAAUUGGCAGCGUUGAAUACUCAGCACGAGUCCGCUAAGGCCAAGCUGGAAGAAGAACUGGCUGGCGCACAUUCGGAGGAGCUUGCUUCCGAAAUAGCCGCGCUAAGUGACAAGCACGAAGCAGCGGAGUCUCAAAAACUGCAGGAGCUGACCGAUGCCCAUUCUCAAUUGUUAGAAAAUCUCAAGACUGAGCAACUGACACACGCCCAUUUGCAUGAACUGGAAAAUCUUCGCGAGACCACCUUGGCGGCAGCUCACGCAGAUGAGAUGGAAAGACUCAAGGAGGUUCACGAAAAUCAUGCCCUCGAGUUGGAGAAUCUUCGAAAUGAAAGAGACACGGCAACUCAUGCGGCUGAGUUGGAGUCACUAAAAUACGAGAACGAAGCAACACACGUGCAAGAAUUAGAAGAGCUCAAGAACGAUGCCGACGUCGCACUCACCAGAGAACUAGCCGCUCUCAAAGCCGAUCAUGCAAGCGCCCUUGAGUUGUACCAGAAUGACAACGCUGCAGAGAAAGAGAAACUUUUGGCCGAUCACGCCGCAGAACUCGAAGCUUUACAAAUUUCUCUCCAAACCAAACCUCCUAGCCUGGGUUUCUCCACAAUCAACUCAACAGAAACCGAACCGGUUGAAGUAUCCGAACUCAGAAGCCCUAAACGCGAUGCCUUUAUCAUUCCCCAUGAAGAUCGCUCGGCACAUACAUCAUCUGAUACCGGACUCGGACUUCUUGGGCGCAGAGGUGAGAGAGCUUCAACACCAGAGAUUGCAGAAGAUGAUACUCGCCAAUCUCCAAGUGCCACACCUGUUCCCGAGACGCCAGAAUCAAAGACACCGUUUAAAGAGUUAUCUGCCAACACAAACAUUCGUCCUUCGCAGAAGCCAGGAUUCUCUACUUCCAACCAAGGUUGUCAGACUACUCUGACUUCAGACGGGCUUGAUCAAUUACUGAAGCAGCAAGGCUACGUAUCUCCUGACUCGUUCACAAUUACCACGUCUCGUGGUGAGGUCAUCGUAACACCCUUCGAUGAAGCAGAGGCAAGACAGAGAGUUGGUGACUCUGGCUUUAUUUCCGCCACAGGCCCAGUGGCCGCGCGACAAACAGACAUUCUAGCCAGUGCUCAAGCUCCCGCUUCACCUAGGUUGCCUUUGCCUCCUAAUCAUCGAGAAGCAAUUGAAGGCGCACGUACGCACUCAUCCAGCGGCGGUAAAGGGCCAAUGGGACCUCCAGCACUCCCUGCGUCCGCGUACAAUAAUUCAGGCUCGAGACCAGAAACACCAAGUAGCAGACGUCCAUUGUCCCCAAGCUCCAUUGUCAAAGGCACACCAACACCCAAAGCAGGCCGAAGUUCAACCCCAGGUUACGCAGAUGUCCACUCCGGGCCAAGGAUGCUCCUUCGCAGCAGACAGUCAUCCGUGUCGUCCUUUGCGUCCGAGAUCGAUACAAGAUUCAAUAUCCGUGGUGAAAUGGGUAUGGAUCCUUCGGCUUUUGGUCCUAGUACCGAUCCUCGCAUGAUCCAAGCCAUCACACAGACCAUGAUUGGUGAGUAUCUUUGGAAGUACACACGCAAGACUGGUCGCGGAGAAAUGUCCGAGAACAGACACAGGCGAUAUUUCUGGGUACAUCCUUACACUAGGACAUUAUACUGGAGUGAGCGUGACCCAUCCACCGGCGGCCGAACAGAAUUAAAGGCAAAGAGUAUUCCAAUCGAGGCUGUACGCAUAGUCGGUGAUGACAACCCAAUGCCGCCCGGACUUCACAGAAAGAGUCUAAUUAUCGUUUCUCCCGGCCGAACGGUAAAGUUCACAUGCACUACUGGUCAGCGACAUGAGACUUGGUUCAAUGCACUGUCGUACCUCCUCCUUCGGACAGGCGAUGAAAGUCAGGCGGAUGCCGAAGACGUGGCCGGCCAAAUCACGCAAGAAGAUGUUGACGAGUUCAACCCUUCAAUUAACCGACGACCAGCUAACGGCAACCGCCCGCGACCUCCCCCAUCCUUGUCUUCAUACAAUUCAGGGGCUACGCGUUCUGGUUCACCACGGGUAGAAGUGUCCAUGAGUAUCCCGACACUUACUCCCACGCGUGAGAGAGAAGCCUCUCGAAGUGGUACUCUAGGAAGAUUAAGCGGGUAUUGGAAAUCGAGUUCGAUAAAUAGCACGUUCAGUAGCCUGAGAAGCAAAACCCAUAUCCCUCAAGAGGGCGCCAUAUAUGAAGCAAGCGAGGUUCCUGACAGCGCUGAGGAUCUAAGACAAAUAAUCGAGGAACAAGACCGAGCGUCUGACAGGCUCGAGAAUGUCAGGGCUUGCUGUGAUGGUGAGUUUAACGAAGUGUUCCUUUCAAAUUGCAUGUACUAA